AUGUCUGACAAAAGGAUGUCCAUGAGUCGAAAAUACCAUUUGAAAAGUUUGAUGCUCCAAGUUGCAAAGGAUUUGCUUGAUGCUGAGGUAACUGAAAAGAAAGAGGAGAGAGAGAAGUACAUGGAGGAGAGCUGCCCACCUCUUGUUUUGCCACAUACCAAAGAGGAACUACAGGAACUAUGCAGAGAGUUACAUGCCAAAAUUGAUGUGAUUGAUGAGGAGAGAUACGUGUUGGAGCACAAAGUUAACAUGGUUGUAAAUGAGGUUAAAGACCUAAACAUAAAAAUUGUGGACUUGAGGGGCAAGUUCAAGAAGCCACCUUUAAAGAAAGUGCGUAUGUCUGCAGAUGCUAUGCUUCAGGCUCUGCUGGGCUCCAAGCACAAAGUGUCCAUGGAUCUCAGAGCCAACCUGAAGCAAGUGAAAAAGGAGGUCAAAGAGGAAGAUAAGGAAUUACGUGAUGUUGGUGACUGGCGUAAGAACAUUGAGGACAAGGCUGGCAUGGGUGGCAGGAAGAAGAUGUUUGAGUCUGAGGCUUGA